UUGAAAUCUCCAUUAGCCCAAGCUCAUUGGCUGGAAAAGACACACGCAUGCACACAAAAACACAUAGAUAGCUUCAGUGAUCAAGUGUAGACCAGUGCAAGGUUAGCUACUGACACAAAGGGAGGACUUCACUGUGACUGUGGGAGGUAGCUAACCAGAAAAAUGUCUGACAAAAUGAUUGAACUGGAAGAGACCGCAACUCACACAGGUCCAAAAGGAGUCAUCAAUGACUGGAGGAGGUUUAAGUUGGAAAGUAUGGACCAGGAAAACUUACCACCUGCAAAAAAGGAGUUGCUGAGACAAAUGUCAUCCCCAAACAGGUCAAAAGACGACUCCAGAGCAAACCUUAACCGCAAGAUGAGUGUCCAAGAGUAUGAACUGCUUAAGGAGGAGGAUGAGGGCUGUCUAAAGAAAUAUAGAAAACGGUGCAUGCAGGAGAUGCAUGAUAAACUCAGCUUUGGGCCCAAGUUUGAAGGUGUGCAUGACCUGGACAGUGGAGAGGCCUUCCUAGAAGUCAUAGAGAAGGAGCAUUACAGCACAGUGGUGGUUGUCCACAUCUACAAGGUUGGGGUCAAAGGUUGUGAGGAGCUCAACAACUGCCUUGACUGCCUGGCCUCUGAGUACCCCACUGUAAAGUUCUGCAGGAUUGAUGCUGUCGCAUCCGGUGCUUCGGAGCGGUUCUCGGAUGAGGUUUUGCCUACGCUGCUGGUGUACAAAGCUGGAGAACUACUAGGGAACUUCUUGGCCUGCAUGCAGCACCUGAACGAGGAGUUCUUCGCCACUGAUGUGGAGACCUUCCUCAACAGCUAUGGCCUGCUGCCAGAGAAAGAGCUGCCUGGUGUGGAAGAUGAAGAAGAAAAUGAUGUAGAGUAAACAAAGAGUUUGGCUGCUGAGGAAGAAAUAAAGCUGUUCCGGGAGGACAGGAUAGAGACUUAUGAAAGACAAAAUUUGCUACGGCAAAUAGAAAAACCAUAACAUCUCCACUAGCUCACUAGUGUUUGAGGAUUGUUCUCUAAAGGAGAAAUUUUACAUCCAGUUAGCGAAUAAACCUCGAUGUCCCAGAUAUGGGUGCUCUCAAAUAUGGGUGUGGGUUACAGUUAGGUGAGGAGAAACAGCAUUUAUUUAUUUAUGUAAAAAAUAUAUCGCAAAUCACACCACCGAAACAAAAGCCAAAACCAGCUAUCUGUAAUUUAACUAAUUGCAAUGUUAUAUUUUGUAAUUAUAGAAAAUAUUACAUGCUGUAUGUAAAAAAAAAUAUGAAUUGUACAUAAAAAUGUAUUAAUUCAAAGACUUUUUGUAGUAUUUGAUUAGGUUGAUCUAUGUACAAGUUAUUUAUGAAUCUAGGGUUCAUACAAAGUAACAUCCAUAAAUGUGAUAUAAUAUUUAAACACAUGUAUAGCCUACUUGAGGUCUCUGUGUUUUUUUUGUGUGUUUUUUUUUUGUUUUUUUUUGCCAAAAUUGAAAAAACCUUUAAAGAGCUAAACAAAACAGGGGCUCUUAAGACUUAAGAGGCCAAAGCACUCUGGAUGUGGAAACAUUUUUGUGUAAACAUGUCAUCCAACUAUCCAGUCCAACAUUACUUACCCUUACAUCUUAAGCAAAUGUGGUGGGAGGUGCAUUUUGUGUCUGGAAAAAACAUUCAUGAGCCUCUGGUAUUUCACCAUCAUCAGUAUUCAUCAGUGAGGAGUUCAUCCAUUUCUGUAUAUUUUAUAUUGCGAAAUUGGGAGAAAGUCAUGGAAAUAUGCAAAAAGGAAACCAUGGGUCUUGGGUUUUCGUAGUAUGAUAUGACUCAGCCAACGGGUCCUUAACUCAGCACGAUGGUCUAUAUCAUCAGCAUCAGAUUUUGCUAAGGAUUUGGUUACUAUUUUAAACUGUGCACUGGAAUGUGAUGAAGCAUAGCUUAAUAUACAUGUUGUCCAGAAUACAAAUAAGAAUAAAAUUACAUAAAAUAGUGA